AUAACCUCUCUUUUUUUAAUUCAAUAAUAACAUUAAAACUUCCAGUAAAAUGAGAUUUCCAUAUUUGGUGAAAUGACUGAUAAUAUCGUUUUAAGCUACAAAGAGAGCUUAUUGAGAACAUCUGACGUGGAACUCCUAAAAGGUCCUUUCUGGUUAAAUGACACGAUCAUUUCCUUUUAUUUCGAAUAUUUAGAAUCAGAUUUAUUUAAAGGCUGUUCACAUCUGUUGUUCGUUUCCCCCGAAGUAACGCAAUGCAUAAAGGUAUCUCCUCAAAGCGAAAUCAAGGUAUUUCUAGAACCACUAAUAGAUUCUACCCAGAGGGAUUUUAUUUUCUUUGCAUUAAAUGACAAUGAAAUGAUUGACUCUUCUGGAGGAUCUCACUGGAGUCUUUUAGUGUUUUCAAGACCUGAAAGAGUGGUAUUCCACUAUGAUUCUUCCCAAGGGUGCAAUUAUGGCCAAGCUUUAGAUCUAGGAGAAAAAAUUCUGAAAUAUUUUUCACUUCCAAUCCAGGAAAAAGUUCAUAAUGUGCCUUGUCUUCAGCAGACCAAUGGAUAUGACUGUGGAGUACAUCUACUGUGCAAUGCUGAGCAGCUUGCUAGUUAUGCUGGCCACUAUGGAAGACUUACAGGUUGUCCUAAACUAACUCACGAAAAGGUCAAUUCUAUGAGGUGGGAAAUUUUAGAUAUUAUUGAUAGAUUGAGGGAUUAUGGUCGUGUAAAUUAAUGUGUUAUUUAUAGCUUUUAAUGUAGAUUUAGCAAUUUUUGAUAUAAUUUUUAUACAGUUUUUAAUAUUAUUUGUAAAAAUGUACCAGUUUUCAUCCCCACAUCUGUUUAUAUUGUUAAUUUAUAAUAACAUUU